CCCAGCACUGUCCCGCACCAUUCUCCAGUCUCCCCACGGCCGCACGGACCCGCAUCCAACACCUGCGAGUCAUCCUCGACCCGAAGCACACGACCUUCACUGCCUCGAUUCCCACAGCGCCACGACUGCGUGCAGUACCGCCUAGACCAACCUUACAAGUCGGAAUUGCCUUCAAAGCAGCCAAGAUGCCCUCUGCUGCUGCCCAGAACCCGCCUGUCCAGGCUCCCAAGAAGAAGAAGGGUCCCGCCGCCCAGCUCCGCAACGAGUCGCCUGCCCCGUCAGCCACCUCUGCUACUGACCGGGCUGCCUCGAACGCUGGCGACGGUGAAGAGUCCAAGAACCCUCACGUUCUUGAGCUGCAAAAAAACAUUCGCAACAUCAACAAGAAGAUUGCCAAUGCCUCGAAGACCGACGCCUUGAUAGACCAGCACAAGGACAAGUCCCUUGACGAGCUUGUUGAGGCCAAGAUCAUCAACAACGACCAGAAGGCGCAACGUCUUAAGAAGCCACAGCUCGAGUCUCAGCUCGCCGGCUUGGAAGACCAGCUUGCCCAGUACCUCAAGCUCGACGAGGAAUACCGGACACGCGGUUCUGCCGACCUCGCCAACCUCGAGAAGUCCUUGACUGCAAAGCACGACCAGGAGAAGGCGGAUGCCAUUGCUCAGCUCAAGGAGCAGCAUGCGAGCGAUGCCACAAAGACGCAGCGCACCGGUCUGCUCCUGCUCUCCCAGUUCCUUCGCCUUGCCGCCGCGCGGCGCUCGGAAGAUGCCGACCCUACACAAGAUGAGAACAUGGCUUUGGAGGGUGUCCUGCUCAAUGUGUAUUCUGGUGACGAUACCGCCGUCUCUACGAUGCUCAAGCUCAUUGAGGGAUCCGGCGAUAAGACCCAGAGCGUGAACGGUGAUGAGCUCCAGACUACCUUUGCCCAAGUGAAGGAGGCUGCUCUCGCUCAGGCUAAGCUCUACGCCGCUGAUGCCGCCCCGGAAGUGUCUGACGUACCUGUCGAAUCUACCCAACACGUUGAGACCGACCCGACUGUUGCCCACGCUGGCUUGACCGAGAUCGACGCAACCGGCGCCGUACAGUCCAUCAGCACCCAGGCUGACAACAAGUCUGGCGUGCCUGCCAAUGCUGGCGUAACGGAUGACGCCGCCAACGCUGCCGCGGAGUCGCAGUGGGACGCCAACAACGACCUCAGCACCUCCCAGGAUGAGUGGGUGCAGGUGCCUCGCGACCCUGCUGAGACGGAGACGGGCCUAACUGCCACACCCGCCGCUGCGAGCAACGUGCAGUCUUGGGCGGACGACCAGCCCGAAGCUGUCGCCGAGACUGCUACUCCAGCCGAUUCGGGCGAUGGCUUCCACCAGGUCCAGCGCAACCGUCCUCGGGGCAACGACCGUGACAACCGUGGCCGUGGCGGCGGUCGCGGACGUGGUGGCCGCGGUGGCCGCGGUGGCUUCGGCGAAGGUCGUGGCCGCGGCGGCCGUGGUCGUGGGGGACCUGGUGGACCCGGCGGUCCCCGUGGUGGUAGACGCAACGAGGAGUCCUAGGAGACUCGCCGAGUCCCAGUGUUAACCGGCUUCGACGACACGUUCGGUUCGGUAGCCGAGGCCAUUGCAGACUUGACGGUUGAGCUCAACCGUGCAAUCAGAAAGUCGAGAUACUGAGAGAGGGGG